UGUCUCGCACCAAUUCUUCCAGCUUCCAACUACAAACUACUUUACGUGUCUCGACUGUCUCUCGUUUUUCCCCCUCAAUCUCAAACAUCUCAAUCCACUCCAUUGACACGACAGCAAUUCGACACAGCAUGCUUUCCGAGGGCACAACAUUAAUCGGCGAGAGCGGCAAGAAGUACCUCACCGUCAGCUCGUUAGGCCAAAGCAACGUCUGGACAGCCGUUGAACAGAGCAACGACCCGAAGAAACCUGUCCAAGUCGUCGUUAUCAAAGAGCCCGGCGAAGUCGACACGGAACCAGGAUGGCCCAGCUUCCAGAACGAGAUGGUCAUGCAUCAAGUCUUCAAGGACUCCCCGGGCAUCAGACAGCAAAUCGACAGAAUUCCUCCUACCAAGGCCGGAGGCCCACCAAUGAUCGUUUUGGAGAUUACAGAAACGACUCUCUGGAUUGCACGCACGAAACGACCCAUGUCUCUUGCCGAGAUCAAGACCGUCGCCAAAGAUGUCCUCAUCGGCCUACGCGAUGUCCACGCCAAGGGCCUUGUAUACGCAGACCUCAAGCCUCAGAACAUCAUGGUUGACGGUUUCAGUGCCGAAUCGGAAGAAAAAGACGACCAUCUCAAGGCAACGCUAGGCGAUCUAGGUCUCGUCAUGGAACCCAUGAACGGCAAAGUCCAACCUAUUUCGUAUCGUGCACCCGAAGUCUACCUUAAGGGCGACAUCACUUCUCGAGUCGACGUGUGGGGUUGGAGUCUCAUCUACUGUCACCUGCUAGAAGCCCGCACCCGCUUCUCCAAGACUGGUCUUUACGACGACCUUGAGACCCAGAACGGAGGCAUGGUCGAAAGAGAAGAAGCCGUUAAGAGUGCUUUGAUGAACGACUACAAGCUGCAAAACGACCCCGUAUACGGAAACGUUCCCCUACCGCAAAACGACCCAAACAAACACAAGGGUGACCAAUGGGAGCUUCUGCGUCAGCGAGGUCUGGAAGAAGGCGAAGUCGAUUUCCUCAGAUGGGUCUUGAAAGCCGACCCCUAUCAGCGGCCGACUGUCAAUCAGAUCCUGGAGAGCGGAUGGUUAGACAAGACUUCGGAAGAAGUUGUAGCUGAAGGUUUCACCCCUCCACAAUUUGAACAUCUGGAGUACGACCCAAAACGCGCCUCGCCAGACGAGUUUGCAGCACAGGAGAGGCAAGAGGCAUCCAACAACCAACAAGACCAAGGCCAAUACUUUGGGCAUACUCGACCAGCGUUGACGGAGAAGAGAUACCGCAGCGCAGAAGAUGAGGUACCUGUCAAGAAGAUCCUGUUCAGACAAGCUCGUCAGCCGUGCAACCCACAUCAUUCGAACCUGUGCAGUCGAGCGCCACGUUACAGCCCACUCCAUUCAAGGACGUGGGCACCUAUCCCCAGGAAACUUCGGCCCCUAUUACCUUCGGCGGCAAUAGCUCUGUCCAGAGCAAUGUGGCUGCUACACCGUUCAAGAGUAUGGACACCACUGGAAGUACAGCCAUUCCCGCGCAAUUUACAAGCUCCACAUCGAGCAACAUGGAUCCAAGUCAAUUCACCGACGUCAACACCCUCAACGAUAAAUCGGCACCUGUUCAAUUCAUGAACAUCAAUGAGAACAAUCAGUCGAUCACCACUCAGAGACCUACCUUGAAAAAGAACAACACCGGUACCUUCCUGUCGUACCAAUAAACUUUUCUCGAUAAGAGAACCU